AGGGAUCGCGCGCUGCCGGGGUAACCUUGAGGCCGGGCCCCCCCUCUGCAGAGCCGAGAAGCAUCCGGAGUGUGUACAGUGUUCUUCUUUCUGCACCGCAGCCCAGCUGAGCGCACGAGCUCUCCAGGGCAGACCCUACUCAGCUCUGAGCGGUCUUUCCAAGUGGGGCGAAGCAGCCGCCCUGAGCCAAAGAAAGAGUCUUCUGUCACCAGAAGCCCAAGCCCAGAGCAGCACAGCACCUCAGAAGCCAUGUCGAAACCCCCCUGUGAAGUCGGGUCCGCCUUCAUCCAGACGCAGCAGCUGCACGCGGCCAUGGCCGACACCUUCCUGGAGCACAUGUGCCGCCUGGACAUCGACUCGGCCCCCAUCACGGCCCGCAACACCGGCAUCAUCUGCACCAUUGGCCCGGCCUCCCGCUCAGUGGAGAUGCUCAAGGAGAUGAUUAAGUCUGGGAUGAAUGUGGCCCGGCUGAACUUCUCUCAUGGAACUCAUGAGUACCAUGCAGAGACCAUCAAGAACGUGCGUGUGGCCACCGAGAGCUUCGCUUCCGACCCCAUUCUCUACCGGCCAGUGGCUGUGGCCCUGGACACCAAGGGACCUGAGAUUCGAACUGGUCUCAUCAAGGGCAGCGGCACUGCUGAGGUAGAACUCAAGAAGGGAGCCACGCUCAAAAUCACGCUGGACAAUGCCUACAUGGAGAAGUGCGACGAGAAUGUGCUGUGGCUGGACUACAAGAACAUCUGCAAGGUGGUGGACAUAGGCAGUAAGAUCUAUGUGGACGACGGCCUCAUUUCCCUGCUAGUGAAGGACAAAGGUCCUGACUUCCUGGUAACCGAGGUGGAAAAUGGUGGCUCCUUGGGCAGCAAGAAGGGCGUGAACCUUCCUGGGGCCGCCGUGGACCUGCCUGCCGUGUCGGAGAAGGACAUCCAGGACCUGAAGUUUGGGCUGGAGCAGGAUGUAGACAUGGUGUUUGCAUCCUUCAUCCGCAAGGCUGCUGAUGUCCAUGCCGUGAGGCAGGUCCUAGGAGAGAAGGGGAAGAACAUCAAGAUUAUCAGCAAGAUUGAGAACCAUGAAGGGGUGCGGAGGUUCGAUGAGAUCCUGGAGGCCAGCGAUGGCAUCAUGGUGGCCCGUGGUGACCUUGGCAUCGAGAUUCCUGCAGAGAAGGUCUUCCUGGCUCAGAAGAUGAUGAUUGGGCGGUGCAACCGCGCCGGGAAGCCUGUCAUCUGCGCGACACAGAUGCUGGAGAGCAUGAUCAAGAAGCCGCGGCCCACACGGGCUGAGGGCAGUGACGUGGCUAAUGCUGUCCUGGAUGGGGCGGACUGCAUCAUGCUAUCUGGAGAGACAGCCAAGGGCGACUACCCGCUGGAGGCUGUGCGCAUGCAGCACCUGAUUGCCCGAGAGGCAGAGGCUGCCAUCUACCACUUGCAAUUAUUUGAGGAGCUGCGCCGCCUGGCCCCUAUUACCAGCGACCCCACAGAAGCCGCCGCCGUGGGUGCCGUGGAGGCCUCGUUCAAGUGCUGCAGCGGGGCCAUUAUCGUGCUCACCAAGUCUGGCAGGUCUGCCCACCAAGUGGCACGGUAUCGUCCCCGUGCCCCCAUCAUUGCUGUGACCCGCAAUCCCCAGACGGCGCGCCAGGCCCACCUGUACCGUGGCAUCUUCCCCGUGCUGUGCAAGGACCCCGUGCAGCAGGCCUGGGCUGAGGACGUGGACCUGCGUGUGAACUUGGCCAUGAAUGUUGGCAAGGCUCGAGGCUUCUUCAAGACAGGAGAUGUGGUCAUUGUGCUGACCGGGUGGCGCCCUGGCUCCGGUUUCACCAACACCAUGCGUGUUGUGCCUGUGCCAUGAUGGCCCUGGAGCCCUUCUCCGGCCCCCUUCCCCGUCCCCUGCCCCCAACCCAUCCAUUAGGCCAGCGAUGCUUGUAGCGCUCACUCUGGGCUGUAGUGCGGCACUGGUGGGCUGGGACACCUGGGAAGAUUGCAUCUCUGGCACCUUUUUGGGCUGGUGGUCCAGAGCUGGCAGCCCCCAGUGUGUCCCCAUCCCAGCAAGGGAUGAGGAGGGAGGCCCAGAGCUUGUUGCAGGACCUGUUCAGUUCCUGUAGAAAGAGGAUGCCCAGAGAACCCAGCUGAGGCGGACAGCAUGGGGGCUGAGGACAUGGGACAGUGGAUCUGGUGUGCCAGACUCUGGCCCUGGCCCCAGUUGCUCCCAGAUCCUACUCAAGCCUCCCCACUCAACCUGUGUACCAGUUCUCUGCACCCGCACUCCACGCACACACUCCACCCGCCUCCUCCAGGCCUGUUGCUAUAGAGCCCACCUGUGUGUCAAUAAACAACAGUGAAGCUCC